UGGUUUUUACUCCAGAUGCUUGUGUUUAAUUUAAAGUCAUAUGACUGCCUGCAAUUCCUGAGAGCUGCUGUUCCUGUUUUGCAAGACUGCGGAGCAGCCGAAACAAAGAAUCAAACGAGCGAUUUCUUCGCGGCUCUUCAUAAGAUGAAGUUGAUCAUUCUUGACGAUUACGAUCAGGCGAGUGAAUGGGCGGCCAAAUACAUAAGGAACAGAAUUCUUCAGUUCAACGCAGGACCUGAUAGGUACUUCACAAUGGGACUUCCCACUGGCAGUACUCCUCUGGGAUGUUAUAAGAAACUGAUUGAGUACUACAGGAGUGGAGAGCUCUCCUUCAAAUAUGUUAAAACCUUUAACAUGGAUGAGUAUGUUGGCCUCCCUAGAGAUCACCCAGAGAGCUAUCAUUCUUUUAUGUGGAAUAAUUUCUUCAAGCAUAUUGACAUCCAAGCAGAAAAUGCACAUAUCCUAAAUGGAAAUGCACCAGACCUGCAGACUGAAUGUGAUGCUUUUGAGGACAAAAUUAAAGCUGCGGGAGGAAUAGAGCUUUUUGUGGGAGGUAUUGGACCUGAUGGGCACAUUGCCUUCAAUGAGCCAGGCUCCAGUCUGGUGUCUCGAACCCGUGUAAAAACAUUAGCCCUGGAUACUAUACUGGCUAAUGCCCGCUUCUUUGAUGGGGACCUGUCCAAAGUGCCCACUAUGGCACUAACCGUGGGGGUGGGAACAGUCAUGGAUGCCAGAGAGGUGAUGAUCCUCAUCACAGGAGCUCAUAAAGCAUUUGCACUCUACAAGGCCAUAGAAGAGGGAGUCAACCACAUGUGGACUGUCUCUGCUUUCCAGCAGCACCCCCAGACUGUGUUUGUGUGUGAUGAGGACGCCACCCUGGAGCUCCGGGUUAAAACUGUCAAGUAUUUCAAAGGAAUGAUGCAUGUUCACAACAAGCUGGUGGAGCCGCUGUCCGAUGCAACAAGGAAGAAGAGCAAUGGAGCUCAGCCAACAGAGAAAGCAUACAGUGACUGAAGCCUGAGACACUGGCCUGUCAUCUCCUUGUGAACUGAUUUCAACACAGGACAGCUACAUGCAUCUUUCUGUGUUUGGCACAUGGCCAAAGUGAUCUUUUUUUUUAACUUUUCAAAAUCCUGUGGAAAACCGAUCUAAAUUUAAGGGGAGAACAAAGGCAUCUUGUACUGCCGAGUAAAAGAACAGAGGCAUGUGGCUGUGCUUCAGAGAGGUGCUGCACUCCAUUGUGGAUUGAAUAAAUGUAGUUUGAAUUCUGCCUUACUUGUAAUAUCUGCUUACAGUCAUACUGAGAACUAGGGAAAUUCACUCGAGAACACACUGAAGUAUCAUGCAUGAGGAGUAUUUUUUUUCAUCUAAAGAGUAAUGCUGUUCACAAUUAUUGAAGAGGGCUAUCACCUUUCAAAACUCGUACAGAAAACAUCUAUAUAUGAAAAUGCAGGACAUUUAAUGCUGCCGUAUGUAGGUAAAUGGGGAGAUUUAACAAUUUUGUUAAACCUUUGUGCUGGCCCUGUUCUUGGACACACACUGAACAAUUCCACAACAAUUUACAGAUUCCUUUGCCAAUCUGCCAUCAAUCUUCAUCUGUUCACAAUGUGAAUGACCAGGACAAUAAAAUAUUUCCAGUUAAGAUCUUAAACCCAUUUGGCAUGUUGUUACUUAGUAAGUCAUGGAUUGGUUAUUAAGAAGUCAUGAUUGAUAACUUUUUUUUCCAUCAGGAUAAUAAUGUCCGUGAUGAUCUUCCCGUAGGGUAAAAAUACAGCCCUGAAUAAAAUGUGGUUGCGUUCUUCGU